AUGAAAGUUCAGGAUAGGAGAAGGAUCCUAGGUCCUUCUAAUGCGAAACCGAUUGAAUUUGGUGCCGACAGAGCAGCGGCAUCGAAAGCCGUCAAGUCUAGCGAUGAACCCGAGCAGUUGGUGCUCCGUACGGGUGUUAUAGAGAAUUGCAAUGGUUCAUCUUUGGUAGAAGUAAAUGGAGGAGGUCGCCAGGUUUCGCUGCUGUCAUCUGUAUAUGGGCCUAGGGCACUUCGAGGUUCCUUCACUGCCAUGGCUGCUAUCUCUAUACAAUUGCAAAAUGGUUCGCAGGAAAAAUAUGACUCCAGCUUACUGAGAGAGGCGGCCAGUUUUUUGAGUAAUAUCUUCGAGGCGGUCGUAAACAGGUCGAGAUAUCCUAAAUCUGGUAUCGAUAUCUUCGUAUACCUGACGUACGAUCUAGAGCAGGCGAGUAGGACAAAUAUUGCAGCGAUCAUACCCCAUUGCAUAACGGCCGUGACACUCGCGUUGGCCGACGCUGGCAUCGAGAUCGUUGAUCUGGCCGGUGGUGGUUUCCACGGCGGUAACGUCUUUUCGUUCAUAAAGAACGGUGAAGAGAUCACCGGGUUCUGGAAGGAUGAAGGAGUAGGUGACGACGUAGCUGGAUCACUGGAGGAAUGUAAGCGCAGUUACCUGCGCUAUAAGGGUCUGAUGGUCGACUGCCUCAUGCAAAAACAGGUGAUGAAAGAGUAA